UUUUUUACGGUUCGUAAUUCAGUUUCAAAUUCCAAUAAUCGAAGCAAAAAAGGCAAAUCGAACAAAAAUUUUCAAUUAUCCUGCAAUCCUUCAUCGUGCCAUGUUCGUUGACCCAAACGCAGGUGCCUCGCAAAUUGCAAUAAAUUAGUAACGAGUAAAAUUUUCAUUGUGUGUGAUGCAGGGAAACAUUCGUGAUUGACCGUUAAAAAAUUUCUCGUUUUUACGGUACCGCUCACUAAUCUGAUUGAAUCUUUUUUGAUCAGAUGAACAAAUCACGUCGUUGCAGUGCAGUUUGACACGUGCCAACAAAAUUCGUAUGACAUAUCAUACAAUGAUCGGAGAUUCGAUCAAGUAUUUGCGUAUCCAUUCGGUCGUCUACCGACCAUAAGCCGUGCUGAUUACAUGAAGUUAUACAAAAAUUGAAAACAACGAUAUCAGCGAUAUGUGUAUUCGACGCAUUCGGGUUCGUGUCAUUCAUAUUGGAUGCUAUAUGAUCCCCACAGGUCACGAUAACGCUGUACGACCAAUUACUUCUCAAAUGACUGGCGACGUACUGUGCGAUUCACUACUGGACUUUGUUUAAAUUGAAUAAUACAUCUUUUACUAAUUUUCAGGACAUCGAUUGCGUCCGUGUAUUCGAAUCGCGAUUCGCGCCGCGCCGCAGGUCUACGCGAUUCUUGAGUAAUUCCAGCGAUGCGACGUAAUAAUUUUGUGAAACUGCGAUAAAUUCGAUCAAACGCAUGUUUUCUUUCCUUUCCCGCGUACGUGACAUUCCCGUUAUGCUCGUAAUAUGUAAAUCGAUAUCGUCGAGGUUCCUUAGUGUAAACAGUAUGUUUACGAGAUUAACACUAAUUAUUAUUCCACCACUUUGAUAAGUCUUACUUGAGCGAACUUAUCAAUAUCUCGUCGCUAUACUAUAUUAAUUAUAAGCUCCCAGUGGGGUAUUUCAAACAAAAAUAUUUCAUUUCGCAUUCUACACGCGCGUGAUUCAUUACGGAGAUUACAAACAUGAUAAAAUUUAGGAAUCACCCUGAACCGGCGAAUAAUAAUUUCGAGAGGCUCUUCACCUCGGCUGUGCGUGCACCAAAACACGUUCACUUAUUUGUCACUGCUCGUCACAGCGGCGAUAACGAUUUUAAUUAGAAAAAAAAAACUCCUAAUUAUUAUCUCCCGAGAAUAACAGAAUCUUAAAAAUAGUUUGUGCUGUAUCUAUUAUGGAAUCGAACCGGUCAAAUCCUCCUUACCUACCCCCGGUCCGGUAGGGGUUGAUAAAAACUUCAAACCUGUGGAAAAAGAAAUUUCAAUUUCGAUUGUGAUAAUAUCUUACCGAUUCAAUUCUGGGAUGAGUCAAUACGUCCCGCGAAUCCAGCUAAGAAUUUGGGAAGAUUAUUCAAUACCGUAGAGCGAGUGAGUCGAAAUUAUAUAAUUGUAAGACACAAACAACUUCCCGUAUAAUCAAUUUUAAUUUCAAUUUUAAAAAUAGAGCAAUUUAACGGCAAAACUUAUUUACUACAUUCAGAUUCAGAGCAUACGAAAUGACAUCGCAGUACUCGUUAUAUAGUAUCUGGUCCUGAAGAUAACAGAUUUAUUGACUUGACUUUCCGUGAACUCCACUGUACGAGUGGUCCAAAAACGAGUUCGACUUUGCUUUUAAAUCAUAAAGAUAAAGAGAGACGUGCGUUGCUGUGACUAUUGAAGUUGCUACUAAGUAUCCCGCGAUCCCAGCUAAAUUCAAAAAAAGAAAUCCAAUAUAAUAUCGAUUACGUGUGCUUCGUGCGCUGUAAUUACGCGCAUUUUAUUUAUCGAUUGCUCCUCGGAUUUAUAUCUCAUUUUUUUGCAACAAACUCCCCUGCACUGCAAAAGCUCACUGUCAGUAUCGACGUCAUGACAUAUUUUUUUUUUCGAAUACUCUCCGAUAUUUUUGCAUUUGAGUAUUUUAUUUUAUUUUUCUAAGUUUUUUAUGUUGCAAAAAUUCCGCGCUUCUCGUAAAUCGAUAACGACGGACUGUUGAUCCAUCGACGUCACGGUCGUAUUUCUCCCUCUCCAUUUGGAUCGCACUUCGGCAAACUUAUAUAAAUCGGUUAGCAACGGCUUGAAAAGCUUCAGUUUGUUUUGUAAAAGCUUCUACAGAGCCAAGGAACCGAGAGUGAUAAUUUUGCACAGUAUUCAAUACAGUGACUGUGGAAUAAAGAAGAUCGUCGUCUGCUUUCAUUAAAUUUUCAUUAACAAUACUUUUAUCAGCCGGUCGAUGCCACGAUCGACGCAAGACAAGACAUCAUUCUGUAUGAGUUUAAAAACGAUCAAAAAACUAGCCAAAGAAUCUGAAAAGAUUAAGACUGAAAAUAUAACAAAAGAAAACAAGAUCGCAGAACUGCUUUUCGAUUACUGUAACGAUUGCAAGACAAUGGCAGCUGUACCACAAGGAGUAUUCGCCGUGCGAAAAGUGCGGGAAAAUCAGAAUCGUACCUAUCUCAUCGCGGAAAUGGAGGCCAGAAAUGGUGGAAGUUCGAAAAAGGGACAUCAGCAUUUUUACAACGGCAAUAAGCCGAUCAUGCAAAAUACGGAGCUUACGCCGCUGAAGUACAACAGCAAGUUGAUGAACAGCAUCUGGGGACUGUAUAAUCGAUAUUCCGUGCAUAAUUUCAAAAAAAAUACCGACUCGAAGGACAGCGGCCUUGUGGCGGGAUGGGGAGCAUUAUUUGCCCCUUCAGCUUCCCAGAUUUCCGCCACGGCCGCGCAUCUGACAAGCCGCGUGUCCUAAUGCCCUAGGACUUCAUUACAAUUCAGUAGAUGUACAGUUAGAUUUGGCUCAUUGUUAAAUUUGCACAGGAUUGAUGAAAGUCGCGACCUUGGAUAGCUACUGAGUUUUACAGUUCUGUAUGUAGAAAUUUAUGAGAUGAAUAUCUGCGCGCGUAAAUACUUUGAAGAUUUGACGUAAGAUCAGAGGUACGAUCGUAAUCGAGCCUGUGCAUUUUGCAACCCAUAGUUAUAUUUCAUUAGAUUUUUAGAGGGGCUUUGAGUAGAAUUUCAUUUUCCUGCAGUGCGUGAACAAACAAUGUAUUUUGAGAUUAUACCAAAUGUGAUGAUUAUUAUCCUUAUUGAAUUAAUAUAUGUACUCCGAUAUGACACGAAAGAUUGUAUUCGAAAACACGAUAAGAAUUAGAUGUAUGUAUUUAUUACAAGUUUUUGUACAAAAUAAAUAAGGAAAAUCAAA